UGGAAUUACCGGCACCAGUACCAAUCGGCUUUCUUCUUCACCCAAUCAUCUAGGGCUUCCUCGACAGAUUUCGCCUCGUCGUACCCGAAUUCGUCUCGACAGGAAACAGCUCGUCUUAGUUCAUCUUCUUCAUCGGGUCAAUCGUGUAGACAUUAGCGGCGUCCGUGCCUAGAUCCACGACGCUGAUGCUCGGGUCCUCGGACGGAGCGGCGUCGUCUUGGAGCUUGCUCUUGUUCUUCUUCUUUUUCUUCUUGUGUCUUGUCUUUGGUUUUUUGCGGACGGCGAGCUUGCUGCUCUUGAACGCCAGCCUUCCGCCCCUCACCGGCUCACCCUCUGUACGCCCCUCAAUUCUGGCGCUCAAACUUCAUUCCCUCUGCAGAAUUGGGUCCAUAUGCCUCAACAAUGAAUGUCGCUGCAGUGGAUCCAUCUAAUCUUCUUAUCCAGCUGGAGGGUAUUUUGGAAUCUGACACUCUCAUUGAUGAAGUUGGGUUCAUUCAUCCAACACAGUUUACUUUUUUAAGUGAGGAUGUCCCUAGUUCUACUUCUACCUCCUUGUCGUCUGUGGCUGAUGGGUCUCUCCUAGAAGAUGAUACCAUUAAAUCAGAACCAGCACUCUGUAAUAGUUCUGAUACUUUCUUUUUGCAUCAUGAACAUAAGCUGGGUAUCUCUACCCUUGUUCUUGUUCAACUAUAUAGAGCGGCUAAAGACGCAUUCAUGGAUUCUCAUAGACAAUGCAGGAUGUUGAGCAGUUCUCAAUGUAAGAAGGAUGAAAAACUAGAUGAAAUUGCAUCAGUGUGUUCAACUUCUUUCUUAAAUAUUGCUGAAAUUGAAGUUAUGAGACAUAGCAAGGCACUUCUUCUACUAAGCUCUGAUUUUGGCACAGCAUGGAAUUCCAGGAAGUUAAUUGUGUCAAAGAAGCAGCUCUUUCCGAUGUUCAUGGAUGAACUGCUUUUAUCAGCUCUGGUUCUAUCCUAUUCGCCAAAAAGUGAACGCGCUUGGAGCCACAGGAGAUGGGUGAUCAAGAUGAUAGCUGGGAAGUCUGCAAAUCUACCAGAGAUUGUCGAAAGAGAAUCCGAGUUAGUGAAAAAAAUAGUAGAGAACUCUAAGAUGAACUACCGUGCUUGGAAUCACCGCUGCUGGUUGGUUUCCUACAUGUCGGAUUCACAGGUACUACUUGAGCUGCACAGUUCCAGAGAUUGGGCUGCGCUUCAUGUUGCUGAUAACUCUUGUUUCCACUUCCGAGCUCGGUUACUGGUCCAGAUGAUAGAGAAUUCACGGCAUUUCAAGGAUUUCAAUGGUUUGUUACAUGAAGAACUUCAAAAAAUAUGGAAGGAGGAGCUGGACUGGGAUGCAAUGUUGAUAAGGCUGUAUGUGGGAAGAGAGUCUUUAUGGCUUCAUCGUCGCUUCCUGUCACUGAUAUGGAUGAAACAUUUAGCUGUUGAUGGCCAGACUAACAUGUUCAUCAAAGAUGAAUUAAAGCUAUUCCAAUCCUGCACAAUUAUCCCUGAUAAUGAAUAUGGGGAAUAUCAAGCACAAGCUACAUUUUCAGCUACUUACAUUACUUGGCUUGCUAAGCAAAUGCCCGAGUCUUUUGGUGUGGUGCUUAAAGAAAGUUCACAGUUUGAGGCGCUCAAGCUAUUACUCGACCAAGCUGAAAAGAGGUUCCUUUGGGAUUCUCUGAAUGCAAGCACUCAAGAAUUGGAAAACUAGUACUUCUAAAGUUCUUGGUGUUCCCCAUUUCUUAUGAGGUGGCGAGUCGAACUUCGUCAUGCCACUGGAAUUAUAGAUACAGAUAGGAACAUGAUCUUGAAAAGGUUUAACGGUUCUAUGUUUAUUUGUUGUUUAUCAUAUGUUGAUAUAUUUUCACUAACCAUUUCAAGGAUUACUGGUAAGUUUGGUAUUCUGAAUCUCUGAUCAUGUUUUUCUUUCCCUGUAAAUAUAAUUUUGUGAUCAA